UGUCCUUCAUUUGCAACAAACUUUAAAUUAUCUGGUGUCUGAAUUUAAUGCAAAUCCCAAUCUGAUUACAACUGCCUUUUAGGAGUGAGAACAUCUGGAUGCAUUAAAUUAGUCCGAGUAUAUAAAGUGCACUUCAGCCAUGAAAUUUUUGAGCAUUGAACAAUUUGAACAAUGGCUAAGUAUGGAGCUUUUCUGGUUUAUUAUGCUUUCUCCAUUUUCAUACUCACCAUGAGCUUUUUAUGCAAGGCCACUGAUGAGGAUAGAAAGGUAAGAGUUAUUUGUGUAGCAAAACAACAGUCUUCUUUUUUACUUGAUGAUAUUACUAAUUACAAUGCAGGUCCAUAUUGUGUACUUGGGGUCUCUUCCUGAUGGGGAGUACUCUCCUAUGGCUCACCACCUUAACAUUCUACAGAGUAUUGUUCAGGGAAGUUCUCCUGAAAAUUUAUUGGUAAGAAGUUACAAAAGGAGUUUCAAUGGAUUUGCUGCCAAACUCACUGACCAGGAAAGAGAGAAACUUGCAAAGAUGAAGGAAGUAGUCUGUUUUCCAAGCAGAACCUUCCAACUUCAAACAACAAGAUCGUGGGAGUUUAUGGGUUUAAACGAGAAAGUCAGUCGAAAUUCUGUUGUUGAGAGUGAUAUUAUUGUUGGUGUGAUCGACACUGGAAUUUGGCCUGAAUCUGAGAGCUUUAAAGACGAUGGUUUCGGUCCUCCUCCUAAGAGUUGGAAAGGUGUUUGUGACGGUGGCAAAAAUUUCACCUGCAACAACAAGAUAAUUGGAGCUCGACGUUACACAGCAGAGUCUGCAAGGGAUGAACUGGGUCAUGGAACUCACACUGCCUCAACGGUAGCAGAGAAUGCUGUUAAGGAUGUAAACUUUUAUGGACUAGCAAAUGGUACUGCAGGAGGAGGUGUUCCUGCUGUGAGAAUCGUAGCAUAUAAAGUCUGGGGCCUGUCCUUGGGUUACAAUGUCUUGGCUGCUUUUGAUGAUGCUAUUGCUGAUGGUGUUAACAUCAUUUCAGUUUCAAUGGGAACUGUUGAGGCUGGUAUAGAUGACGACCCUGUGGCAAUUGGUGCUUUUCAUCUCUUAUGACUACCGCUUGGCCCAUGAAUGGUACCAGCAACAACGUUUCAACUGGUGCAUUUGCUUAUGGAUCUGGACAUAUCAGUCCUGUAAAUGCUAUAAACCCAGGGCUUGUUUAUGAAGCUUCUGAAGAAGAUUACAUAAGGUUGCUAUGCACAAUCUAUGAUGA